ACACACACACACACACACACACGGAGACGCGGAGCCGAGCAGCUGGACAGUUUUCAUGGGGAAACACUGAGCGGUUGGCUCUGAUCGCUCCGCCCGCCGACGGGACCGACAGUUUGGGAAACUUUCCGAGGUCCUCAUGUGGCUCCCUGUGUGUCUGCAGAUCCUGAGUGAUGCCGGAGGGGUCGCACAGCGCCGCCGGGGACGAGCCCAGGGCCCCAGAAUCCCCUCGCCUGUCCGCCGCCUCCAUCGGCAGUAAUGAGCGCGCUCCGUCGGCCACGCCCUCCGACGGCUCGGACCUGCCGUCGCACAGCCGCCGCCCGCUCAGCCUGAUCUCCACGCUGUCCUCGGGCUCCGCCUCCUCCCGUGACGACAUCGCCGUGCCGCCGUCCAAUCGAACCUCCGACCCGGACGUCGACCUGGACCUGAGCCCCGCAGGGGGCGCCGCCGAGGCCGAGCGCGCUCAGCCGCAUCCGGAUACGCGUGACCCCGUCGGGAAGGGGCGUGGCCUCGGCCUCUGUCACCGCCAGAACAACAACAACAACAGCGCCUCCACGCCGUCCCGGGCCGCCAGCCGCCGCCAGGCCUCCGCCUCGCCGUUCGCAGCCAAAACCAUGUCGCCCAACCCGCAGCUGAGCUACCUGGACCGCGUCGUCAUGGAGAUCAUCGAGACGGAGAGGAUGUACGUCAGAGACCUGCGCAUGAUCGUGGAGGAUUACCUGGCUCACAUCAUCGACCAAUCAGAUCUGUCCAUCAGGCCGGAGCAGGUGUGCGCUCUGUUCGGGAACAUCGAGGACAUUUACGAGUUCAACAGCGAGUUGCUGCAGGAUCUGGAUCUGUGCCACCACGACCCCGUUGCCAUCGCCAGGUGCUUCGUCAUGAAGAGCGAGUACUUUGAAAUCUACACUCAGUACUGCACCAACUACCCCAAUUCGGUUGCAGCUCUGACCGAGUGCAUGAGGAUUAAAUCUCUGGCCAAGUUUUUCCGGGAGCGCCAGGCGUCGCUGAAGCGCUCGCUGCCUCUGGGCUCGUACCUGCUGAAACCGGUUCAGCGGAUCCUCAAGUAUCACCUGUUGCUGCAGGAGAUCGCCAAGCACUUCGACCCGCAGGAGGAGGGCUACGAGGUGGUGGAGGAGGCCAUCUACACCAUGACUGGAGUGGCCUGGUACAUCAACGACAUGAAGAGGAAGCACGAGCAUGCCGUGCGCCUGCAGGAGGUGCAGUCUCUGCUGCUCAACUGGAAGGGUCCUGACCUCACCACGUACGGCGAGCUCGUCCUGGAGGGAACCUUCAAGGUCCACCGAGCCAAGAACGAGCGCACGCUCUUCCUGUUCGACCGCAUGCUGCUCAUCACCAAGCGCCGCGGCGAGCACUACGUGUACAAGGCGCACAUCUCGUGCUCCACCCUCAUGCUGAUCGAGAGCGCCAAGGACUCCCUGAGCUUCAGCGUCACCCACUACAAACACCCCAAACAGCCGCACACCGUGCAGGCGAAGACGGUGGAGGAGAAGAAGCUGUGGGCUCACCACAUCAAACGGAUCAUUCUGGAAAACCACCAUGCCAUCAUCCCACAGAAGGCGAAGGAAGCCAUCUUGGAAAUGGACUCCAUGUACUCGUCCAGGUACCGCUACAGUCCGGAGCGGCUGAAGAAAGCUCUGUCCUGUCAGUCUGACGAGUUUCCCAGAGAGGGACGUCAGGGCCGCCGCCAGUCAGAGCCGACAAAACAAAUACUGAGGAGCACCAAAGCCAUCCUGAAGCACGCAGACAGCGAGGGCGCUUUGCCGGGCGAGCGGCGCUCCCUGCAGUCCGCCCCCAGCAUCAGCACCCUGGGCUCCAGCCUGGGCGAGUCUGAGGCUGAAAGGCCCAGCGUGGAGGAAGAGGAGGACGAGGAGGAGGAGGAAGAGGAAGAGCCGGGCGGCAGGAAGGACUCUCUGGAGCUGCUGAGCGGCAGCGACGAGGAGGCGAGGCCCGAGCCGCCUCGUUCCCAGCGGGCCGGGCCGACGGCGGCGGAGCAGGAGGAAAGUGACUCAGAGGACAUUCUGAUGGAGGACGACCAGGAUGAAGAGGGCAUUUUGGAGCCUGGCUGUAAGCAGCAGAACGGACAGCUGGCAGGUCAAGAUGAGCCAAGUGGAAAUGAAGAGCCGCCAACAGAAAAGCUACAACAGGAAGCGACGUCAGAGGCCAAACCGUCAGAAAGCCCUGAAGCAGAAGCGCCUUCCAUCCCCAAGAGUCCCUCAGCCACGCCUCCCAGCAGGCUCCCAGUGUCUCCUCACAGGGAGGAGGCGCAGACACCUGAAGGAGGUGCCAAGAACCCAGAGGAACCAUCAGCCACCACACCUGAAUCCGAUUCAAAGACACUAAGCAGCGGGGAAUCCUCUGACGAAGAGGAUGAGAAAGAGGCAGCGGAGAAGGAGAGCGAAGCUGACAGCAUCCUUCCGACCUCCGUCUUGGACAAAGCCAGCGCCAUCGCACAGCAUUUCAGCAACAGCAUCCGACGAAGCAGCUUGGCCACAGAUGACAGCCGCUCCCUCGGGUGCCCCUCGCCGAGGUUGCCCAGCAGGAAUGCCAGCAGCCUCAGUCUGGGCGCUGAAGUCAGUGAGAGAUCCCUCCGGCUGAACAGCGCCUGCUCUGAACCCCAGGAAACCUUCGGCGUGACAGAUCUGAGUGCGCUGUCUCCCAGGGAGGACAGCCUCUUCGAUGGUGACCGAAGCAUUCGGCGCCGGAGGGACUCCACCCUGUCCAAGCAGGACCAGCUGCUCAUUGGAAAAAUAAAGAGUUACUAUGAGAACGCCGAGAAUGAGGAUGCCACCUUCAGCCUCCGACGCAGGGAGAGCCUGACCUACAUCCCCUCCGGGCUGGUCAGGAACUCAGUGAGCCGGUUCAACAGCAUCCCGAAGGAUGAGGCCUCACCAGCAGAGAAAAACCUGGAAACUGUCCAGAUGAAUCCUUCAACAGAGUCAGACUUGGCAUCAGCCGCAGGUGCUGAAGGUCACAUAGUGUCAAGCGCUUCAUUUGACUCCCUGAAGACAAAUGUGGAGCUAGAGGAUUUAGGAUUCAACAAAGGAGGAAGCACCAACUCUGCUGGCAUCAAGUCCACAUCUCAAAGCCUACAGGAGAUGCCUGUCAAAGACGAAGAGUUUCGACCUUCGUCUGAGAUGAUUAAGAUCUGGCAGGCGAUGGAGCGAGACAUUGGCCGAUCCCAGGGGCGCGAAAAACCUCCCGAGGCACUGAGAAACUCCAAAGCCACUGCUUUGAGCCUUUCCAACAGGAAUAACACCCCAAGCAAGGACUCUGACAGGGAAGGCGAAGAGUCCGACCUCAGCACCAUCACAGAGGAAUCCAUGAGCCCUUCACCCAUGAAGCACAAAGGCCUCGCUGCGAAUCGGACAGGGAGCUGGAAAGGUGCCCCGAAAAUGUUCAGGGAAGAGGGCGCCGUCCUCAGGGCGACGUUUCCCAGGAUCGCUCAGUUGAAGGCGGAGGCAGACGGAGCGCCGACCAGUGAAAAUUCAGACCAACCGGACAGUGCGGACAAAGCGAAGACCAAAGUCCUCCACCUGGCCCGCCAGUACAGCCAGCGCAUCAAGACGGGCAGGCCGGUGGUCCGGCAGCGAAGCCAAGACGUCCUGAUGGGCAAGAAGAGCCUCCCAUGUGUGAUCGAGGAGAAGGAGAGCUCAGGUAAACCCAGCCUGACUUUGCCGCUGGUUUCUUCCAACCAAGUCGCCGUGGAGCGGGUCCGAUCUCCAAGCCCCACCCACCCCUGCAGGUCAGCGGGCAGCCCCGGGGUGGUGUCCCCGGGCCAGGCCCACGCCAGGAGCCCCCUCAGCCCCCCGCCGGCCGAGGGCUUCAACUGGCCCGACGUCCGUGAACUUCGCUCCAAGUACGCCGUCUCCGACAGCGACCGCUCCCAGCAGCUUCCUGUGGGCCGGAGCCGGUCCGUCCCGGAGCGCAUGCUGGACGGCGGGACGAAGAGACGCUCCAGCUGCUCGUCCAGCCUCCUCCUGGGCGACGGAGGUUCUGGCGAGGUUCCUCAGUACAGACCCCACCUGGGCCAGGGCACCGAGCAAGGAGAGAGCAGCGCCCGGCUGCACAGAGCCAACUCUCUGGACCACCGGCUCAGCAGCCUGCACCUGGGCCGGCUGCAGAGGCUGCACCACGAACUCCCGGACAGCCACCACGCCGCCGUCCCGGGGCUGCCGCCACACGAUGCCGAGAAGCUUCCGGAGUCUGAGCCAGAACCUGAGGAAGCCGCCAAAGAGGCCAAAGAAGCCGCCAAAGAAGACAAGGACGACAGCAACUACGUUCAGAUCCGCUCGCCGACGAGCAGAGAGAAGAUUUCCAUCAUGGCUGUCAUCGACCGCUGCCGGGCCUAUCAGGAGUCAGACGAGUACAGGCAGAGGGAGGAGGCUCGAGCCAGAGCAGAGCCGAACCUGCCGGCAGUGAGGGCCAGAGAGCUCGACAGGGCCGCCGCUGCCGCCGCCGCCACCGCCGCCGCCACCGCCACCGCCACCGCCACCGCCACCACCACCGUGUCCUCUAACGAGCAGGAGGACGAGGCCCAGGAAACGAGUGUAGAGUCUGAGCAGAAGGCGGAGGCCGGACAGCAGAGCCUCGUGAAAAAUCUGAGAGAAAAGUUCCAGAAUUUGAGGUGAACAAAAAAAAAAAAAAAAAGCAGCGCAUGUGCACAGACGUUUUUUGUUUUUGUUUUUUUUUAAUAAAAGGAUCCGCAAAGAGGCUCGAUGCCGAUGCCCAGGAUCCUCCCGUGGAAAUGCAGGAGACACUUCUCCGCUCAGCCAGAGGCGAGGCGGUGGAUUCGCCAGUCUUUCUCUGCGAGCGGCAUUCUUUUCUUUCUUUUUUUUUUUUUUUGUCGACUAACUUUGUACAUGACAGCAUUCCAACUGCAGGGCUGCAGGUGCAUGCUGGGUAAACCUUCCCUGAGACACAAACCAACUCAUGUUCAGAUUUACUGAUUAUUAUUCCCACCACCUUUAUGAUAAAACACACACAGCAGGAAAUGUUCUUGUCAGGACCAAAGAGCUAAAGAUGGAAAGCAGGAGAAAUUUUGUUUUCUUAUUUUUUUUUGUCUUGCAUUGUGUAUUUUACUGUGUUCUAAUGCUUUCUAAUGUAAACACACAUCAUCAGAUCUGAAUGUGUUUACCCAGCAUGCACCUACCCAGCCCAGAGGUGGCUGCUGCAGCCUGAAUGGUUGUGCCAGUCCGCUGGGAAAAAUAGAUAAAUAAGAAAAAGUACAUUAUUUUUAAUGUUGGGUAAUGAUAUCUGUAUAGAAGCCUGUGUAUAUCUUUAUAUGGUGUUGAGUUAGAAUGUUCUAUAAAAAUAAAAGCACCUUUUCUACACAUUGCACAGGUAUGACGGCGUGUUAGGGCCAAAAGAUUACAGAGCCGUGGGAGUGGAUGUAAUAUUCUAAGAAAAAAAAAAAAAAACACCUGAGAAUUUAAGAGGAAAAAAAA